AUGAGAGCUCGCCUAGCUGCUCAAGUUUUUAGUAAAUCGAUGGCUUAUGGGUUAAGAUUUUAUAAAAAUUUUUUACCUGAACUGCAGGAUUGCGAGAAUACUGCAAAUUUUUGCGAGUGGGUUAAUGACUUAUUCGAUGCAUUGAAUCGAAAUAAAUCUGGUUUGACAGUUGGAAACGCAGACUACAAAAUUUUAGAGGACUCUCUAAAUAAAUUAGAUAUGUGGGAACAACAUGUUAAGAAUGGUGCUGUUAUGGAAAAAAAUUUUCUAACAAGACAAACUGCCGAUGGUCUUCGCGUAACAAUAAAAUCUACAUUAGAUUUAAGAUUUUUUGGUUCAGUAAGACAAGCAGCAGGAUCAAACGAUCAUCCCGGAACCCCAACGUUUCUUCAAUUAUAUAAAAUUUUAAGUACUUCUAGCAUUCUUAAACCCCCGCGUUAUGGAAAUUGCUCACUUACAGAAGAAGAAUCUAAACCUUUAAUCUCUAUAUCUGAUAUAAAACAAUUAUAUCAGAAAUCCAACAAAAAGUCAUUAUUAAAAUUAAAAGAAAAAUUAAAUCAUGCUAUUAGUAAUACCGAAUGGACUUUUGAUUAUUUAAUGGAACAUGAUUAUAAUCGACCAGAAAUUACAGAUUGUAUUGUAUAUUAUACAACAGGAUAUUUAUGUAAUUAUAUCUUAAAGUUCAUAAAAUGUGAUAUAUGUAGGAACGCAUUUACUAAUCCUGUGGCGUGUAGUCCUUUUCCUGCAGCUCUAUUAGCAAAUAUGAAAAAUGAUAGUCAUUUAACGCACCCAAAUUUAAAAAUGUUUAACUUUAUAAAAUAUUUAGAAUCUUUAUUUUCUAAAUAUUGUCAUUACGCCGAUGCAUAUGAUUUAAUUUUAGAAAACAUUUAUGCAGAAAAUCUGUCUUUUCCAUGCAAAGAACAUAGUGAUAUUAUUUUGUCAAAAAUAAUAGAAUUUUAUAUUCGUACACGUAUGAGGCAAUAUUCGCCACGGCUUCAAUAA